CGUCAAUGUCACAUGUCACUUGUCGCAAGAACUGAAGCUGAAGAAGGACGCUGUCGGUUUUCUUUUCUGUGCAUGUUUCACCAUUUUUAAUAAUUUAAAAACCCGCUAUUCGUAAUUUUGUUGGUUGUCUUUACGGAUUACUUACAAUUUUGGAAAUAAAAUGACUCCCGGCCGAUCAUCAACGACUACAAAAGUGUUUGUAGGAAGUUUGCCUCCAGACGCUACCCCAGAGGAUUUGAAGAAACUUUUCGAGCCCUACGGGAAUAUUGCAGAAUGCGACAUCGCGAACAAAUGUGGAUUCCUCCACUUAGAGGAUGGCGAAUUGGCAAUGAAGGCCAUUGACGAGCUAAAUGGUAUGGAAUUCAUGGGUUCCAAAAUUUCAGUGGAAAAGGGGCGAGUUAAGCCGCGAAGGAGUGGCGGUGGACCCAGAGGUGGAAGAGAACGAGGAGGCCCGUAUUCAAGAGGAGGAGGUGACUUCAGAGGCAGAAAUGGAGGUUUUGGUGGGGGACGUGAUGGCGGACCAUACAGAGGUGGUGGUGGCUUUGACAGGAGUGGUAGAGGUGGCUACGGAGGUGGAGAUAGAGGUUAUGAUGAUAGACGUGGUGGCAGACCAGCAUAUGAUGAUAGAAGUACUGGAGGAUUUGAUGGUUAUGAUGAUAGACGCGGAGGAUAUGACAGGGAUCCUUAUGCUGCUGGUGGUUAUGGCGAUCAUUCAGGUGGCUACGAAAGACAAGGAGGCUAUGACAGCAGAGGAGGUUAUGAAGACAGACGUGGGGCAGCUGGUGCAUACGAUCAAAGAGCAGCUGCACCAGAUGGUCUCUACAGUCGCAGAGAUAUGGCACCUAAACAGAGUUAUGGUGGAUCCAACGGAUACGGCGCUUCUGCCGGCUACGGUCGCGACGCCGGUGGCUACGGCGCCGCCUAUGGAGAUCGCGCAGCCGCCGAUCCGUACGCUGCAGCUGAUCCAUACAGAGGGGCUUCAGCCGGUGGUGGCUAUCAGGAUAGAGGUGAUAGAGGAUACGGUGGGCGACCUGCUGAGGGUUAUGGAAACUCAUACGCUGCUGCAUCUGGCGGAGCUACCGCUGCAAGAAGUGGCUACGAUUCGGCAUAUCCUCCUCUACCACAGCAAAGAGGCAUGUACUAAACACGCAUUGUCGAAUACUCGCUUCCACAUGCGCCCAGAAUCGUUUGACGGACAAUUAAGAGAAAAAAAUCAAAACUCGCAGACAUAAUAGCGGAAGCCCCUAUUCUGGAUAAUGUAAGAUUGUUUAAUUUUAGCGCAUCAAACCUAAGUUUAUGUCAUGUAGUGUUUAGAUAUCUUCAUUUUGAUAAUAUAAUGUUUUAAGGA